AUGGUUGAUGCUGUUGUCUCUUCCGUAGUGCGGAGACUUGGUGGUCUUCUCAUUGAUCAAAAGAAAAACAAGAUCAAGACAGUAGGAUAUGCAAAUGGGUAUCCGAUAUUAGAGAUGCUGCUUAGAAAGCCGAGGAUAUUAUUGACAAGUUUAUUCUCAAAGUUGAAGAAGGAGGGAUUCCCAAAAGGACAAGGAAAAGAGAUUCAAGAAUGGAAGAAUAGACUCGAUGAAAUCGAUCGAAAUCAUGAAAUUUUCAAGAUUAGAAAUAUCAAAGCUGCUGAGGAGGGAUCAAGUAGCAUGAAUGAGAGAUUCAAGAAACUACGAAGGACAACACCUUAUGAAGACGACCAACAUGUUGCGGGCUUCACGAAGGAUGUUGAGUUACUGACAUCUGAACUUCUCCAAGAAACGCCCCAUCAAUGUGUGGUUUCGAUUGAUUACAACAUCCAGAAUCUUCUUCGAAAAACAAUAAAAUCUUUCAAGAUGCCAACCAGCAAAGAUGAAUUAGAGAUGUUGGAAAAGAUGGAAACAGAAGAUUUGGAGUGUCAUUUACAUGAGUUGUUGAAAGAAAGUCGAUACCUGGUGGUGAUUGAUGAUGUAUGGGAUGCAGAUGCUUGGGCAAGCUUGAGGAGAGCCCUCCCAGACAACAAGAAAGGAAGUAGAGUAAUCAUCACCACUCGUAUCAAACUUGUUGCCGAGAGUUUUGGUAGGAGAAAAUAUGUUCAUGAGCUUCCAUUUCUACAACCAGAAGAAAGUUGGGAAUUAUUUUGUAAGAUAGUAAUGUUUCCACACUAUGAUGGGGUCAAUGAUAAAGCAAAUCGUUGUCCUCCAAGGUUGGAGGAAUUGGCAAGAGAUAUGGGCCGCUUCUGGCAGCAUGUAAGCGGUGAUGACUUUGAAAGCCAUGACUCGGCUCAUGUAACACAAAUAUUGGCUUUGAGUUUCACCAAUUUGCCUCAUCACUUGAAGUUGUGCUUUCUUUACUUGGGGUUGUUCCCUGAAGAUUUUGAAAUUGAAGUAGAGAGACUUAUACGGUUAUGGGUGGCAGAAGGUUUCAUACAACAAGCAGAAGGAGAAACUUUAGAGGAGACAGUUACAGAAUAUCUAAAUGAGCUGAUUGAUAGAAAUUUGAUUCAAGUAGCUGAAAGAACCUGGAUGAGAAUUAGAAGAUGCUGA